AGGCUGACCAAGCAGGAAUUCUGGCAGCUAGUGCACCAGAGCUAUGGCUCUGAGCUGGGCCUGAACAGCGAGGAGAUGGAGAGCUUCCACUCAUCAUCUGAGGACAACGGGCAGCCUCGAUCCAGCAUUUGUGAUGAGUCUGGUGAAAGAGAUGAAAAACUACCUAAAAUGAUUGGUUUGGUUCGGGAACCCACGCUUCAAGCAGAAGGAGAGUCACUCAAUAGACACGCACUACCAGGAGUGGAGGAGUCUCCAAGUGAGAAGCAAAUAAAGAGCUCUCCUCCAUCUUCAGAAAGAAAACCUAUUAAGCUAGUCAGGAGCAGGUCUUUAGAAAAGUCCUUGGACCUGAAUGAGAAUGAAAAUCUUCCAGAGAAGAGUAGUGCCUCAGAUAGUGAAGAAGCAGUGAAGGAGGCUGUCUCUGAGAAUGAUCUCUAUGGGAGGCUCUUUAUAAACAGAGUUUUUCACAUCACUGCAGACAAGAUGUUUGAAAUCCUGUUCACCAAUUCUCACUUCAUGCAGAGGUUUCUCAAUUCCAGGAGUAUAGUAGAUGCUGUAUCAACCCCUUGGAAUAGAGAUUCCAGUGGCAAUCAGUUGAGGACUUUGACGUACACUGUAACGAUUAACAAUCCACUUUGUGGGAAGUUCACGACUGCGACUGAAAAGCAGAUCCUGCACAAGCAGAGCCAGAAAGGUCAGUCUUAUCAGGUGGAUGCUGAGGUACUGACCCACGAUGUCCCCUACCAUGAUUAUUUCUACACUGUGAACAGAUACUGCAUCAGUCGCACAUCCAGUCACAAGUGUCGAUUACGGGUUUCUGCAGAAGUGAAAUACAAAAAACAGCCUUGGGGCCUUGUCAAGUCUGUAAUUGAGAAGAAUACCUGGGGAGGAAUACAGGAAAACUUCAAACAACUUGAAUCAGAUCUCCUAAUGGAGGAAUACGCAAUUAAUCAGUCCAUAGAAGACUCUGGAAAAUUAGUUGCCCUGCGACGAAGACGACGCACUUUACACCGGAGUCUGGCAGAAUCGCUUCAACACUCCUCUAGUGACAUGGGAGUAGAAUCCCAGGGCAGCGUAACAGGAAGGAAAAGAGACGCUGUAAGUAGGACCACCACCAUCAUUGUAGUAAUGAGUGUCUUUUUGCUGCUCUUGGUCUUGCUGAAUAUAACACUGUUUCUCAAACUGUCAAAGAUAGAGCAUGCAGCUCAGUCCCUCUAUCGUGUCCAGCUUCAGGAAGAAAGCUCUUUGAACAUAUCCCCAGAAAUGGUAUCAAAAGAGGAGAUCCCUCAGUAUGAUAAGGAACAGGUCAAACAUGUGAAGGGAGUUUUGAGAGACUCGAUUGAAAUGCUUGAGCAGGUAGGUCUGCCAGUCUUUCCCG